UGGGACAGGCUGGGUCUGGACCUCCUCUGCCGGGAGGCGGAGCUAUGUACCCGGUGUGUUUCUCUCUCCAGAAGUUCUGUUUGUUCUCCGAACUCUCCGCAUCCUGUUUCUGGCCCCCGGGGGCCCCAGCGGAUUAUAGCGGAACUGGAGGGGCCUCAGCUCGAGCGCCCUUGACAUCGGUUUUUCCUGUGGAGUACUGCAUGUGACAUGACGCUUGAGGAUUGCAACGUAUGGAAAUCAGCCACUCAUUGAGUUCGAAAUGGAGCUGAAAGUAUGGGUGGACGGCGUGCAAAGAAUAGUUUGUGGCGUUACCGAAGUUACAACGUGUCAAGAAGUGGUGAUCGCCCUAGCACAGGCUAUCGGCCGCACCGGACGUUACACAUUGAUAGAAAAAUGGAGAGAUACAGAGAGACAUUUGGCACCCCGUGAAAAUCCUGUAAUUUCACUGAACAAGUGGGGUCAGUAUGCCAGCGACGUGCAGCUUAUCCUGCGACGCACUGGAGCGUCUAUCAGCGAGCGGCCCACCUCGGACAGUGUUGCACAUAUCCCUGAAAGAACUUUAUACAGACAAAGCUUACCUCCUCUGGCCAAACUGAGGCCGCAAAAUGACAAAUCCAUAAAACGAAGGGAGCCGAAAAGGAAAUCCCUUACCUUCACCGGCGGAGCCAAAGGCCUGAUGGAUAUUUUUGGGAAAGGUAAAGAGUCGGAAUUUAAGCAGAAAGUGGUCAAUAAUUGUAAACCGAGUGCAGAGGAACUCAAGAAGAUUAUUCACCUACAGAAUGAGAAGCUCCUGUCAAUACAGACGCACCUCGAUUCCAGUGACGCCGAGAUGAGGUUCUGGGAGCAGAAACAAAGAUCCAGCCUGGAGGAGGAAAUCGCUCGGCUGGAGCAGAAAAUCAAACGCAAUGAAGUGGAAAUUGAGGAAGAGGAAUUCUGGGAAAACGAGCUACAGAUCGAGAUGGAGAACGAGAAGCAACUUCAGGAGCAGCUCCAGGAGAUCACGCAAAGGAUCUUCCAGUGCGACAACCAGCGAAAGGAUUACCAGGCCCAAAUCCAGCACAUUGGGAGCGGCAUUGAGGCAGAGAAACUGCAACUGGAGGUACAGGAAUCCCAAAUCAAUGAGGAGGUUGUACGGGGCAAGAUUGAGAGGAUCAGAGGAGAGAUUGACCUCCAAGCACAAGAACAUCUACGGCUGGACAAUGGGACCAAAGCUCUGGAGCGAUCACUGGGGCAAGCCAGUAAACGGUUAAUGGGACGGGAGCAGGACCUCGAACAGCUCACUAAAGAGCUCCGGCAAGUUAAUCUGCAGCAGUUCAUCCAGCAAACUGGGACAAAGGUGACCGUGCUGCCAGCGGAGCCGAGCGACACCGAAUUCCCCCCGACAGAGAAAGAGCCAACGUUUCAGUCUGGGUCACUGAAAAGGCCCGGCUCAUCCCGGCAGCUUCCAAGCAACCUGCGGAUCCUUCAGAACGCGUUGUCCUCUGGUUUUAACCCGGAGGGUAUCUACGUAUAGCCCCAGAGUCCUGGAGACCAUCUCUGAAGCCAACAAAUGGACAUCCUCCGCUUCUCCUGUAAAUUCCAUCAUCGAUCAUCGUCCAGCUGUCACAGGACCACUCGCUGCCCUGACGCUUUAGGAACAUACUAGUACCAGCCAUUGCGGAACACAAUAUACCGGGAGGGAUACGCCAAGAACAAUAUUUUUACUGGUUUUCUUAAAUUAAAUGAGUAUGGACUUACAGACCGAUGAGGCUGGAGGAACGCAUGCCAUGUACUAAGUUACCCAGAGGAGGUCUCCGUACAGACACAUUGAAAGCAAUAUAUAUUUUUCCAUUUGUUUAUGGAUUUUCUAACUCAAACCAAUGACUAAACUAUUUAUCUAUUCUGUACAUUUCAAGUGUUUUCAGUUUGUAUGUUUUUCCAGUUUUGACCAUAACAGUGUUAGUAAGCGGAGGGUGGGGGUUUGGAAAUAAAUCCCCUUUUAGUUUGAAGUAAUGUCUGCAAGAGGCUGUGUAUACAGUAUUAUCAAGUAUUUGCAUAAAAAAUUUUACAUUGUUAAUAACCAUUUAAAUUAAAAUUUCAGCAGAACUGGCAAAAAUGGAAUUGCCUAAUCUGCUGCAUUUCUGUAAAUUUUUUUGUCCGGAGAGUGUUUGCCCCUCAGAUUUGAGAUCGUUUCCAUUUAAGCAAGGUUUAAUCAUCCGGUGCGGGCACCAGGCAUAGUUUAUGGUUUAACUCUCCUAAUUAUUCAUUUACACGACUUUAUAAUUAAAUGUAUACUUUUCCUCAGAAUACUAAGGGCUGACUUUGCGAUAUACUCGCUACCUGGUGGUGCAGUGCAGAUGUUACAAGUCUGGUUUAAAGCCCAGAGAGGACUUGCUUCCUAAUUCUAGGUAGCUUGGUGUGUGUGACGAUUUUAUUUAAAGAUAGGGCCCUAUUUCAGAGCCUUGGUGGUUCAGUACGGAGAUCUCAUAUCUGCGAAUUAAUUUGGGUUAUUAAAGACUCAA